GCAGCAGUAAUAAUACCAGAAGUAUUGGAACUGUAGAUAAUGACAAUGAAGCAUACAGGAGGUACUACAGUGAUUAUGAAAGCAGUAUUAGUAAUAGUAAAAAUGGGAGCAUCUGCAGCAGAGUAGCAGAGUAGUAAUAGAAUUAAAAUAGAUUAUGACUAAACAGUUGUAAUCGCAGUAAGUUUCGAGUAGGACCGCAGCAGGACGUUCAACCACGAUCCAUGAGAACCUGCGAGACCAGAAAGCACAAGGACUCCAGGAAAGAAGUUGGGUUAGUGAUAUGCAUAAAUGGGACAUAAAUGUGUGCAGAAGGAGAGCUCAGUGCAUCAAGAGAGAUCCACCAGUCUCAGCACACUGGUUACCUGCUGGCAUUAUUUUUAUUGGUCCUCUGUUGAGUUUGGAGAAUCUUGUCAUGGUUUCACAUUUCACACCAACACAGCAUCUGGUUCUUCACCCUGCCGGAGUGAUUCUACUGGAGGCAGACAAACUGAUUUCCUCACAAAAAUAGAAGUGAGGGAAGUAGAGGCAGAAGUGCAGAGACACUGAGUCACAUGAAUCACACACACACUUGUCCUACCUGGUUGUGAUGUUUUUCAGUCUCAUUAUGGACAUCCAGCUGGUCUGCAGCACUUUGAGUUUGCUGUUACCUGCUAUAGGAGCGGCCCUCAGCUCCUCAGAUGAUGGGUGGUCUGUGAAGGUGCAGUCGGAGGUCCGAGCCAUUGAUGGCUACCCAGUGGUGCUGCCCUGCUCCUUCAGCCACCCGCAGCACUCCCAGCACUCCUCCUUGCAGGUGCUGUGGCGCCUGGGCCAUGGCCAGGGUGCCACUGUCCUGUACCGCUGCACCAGCAGACCUGGGGCCCCCACCUGUGAGUCGGGGCCCCAGCAGGACCAGCGCUACCGGCUGGAGGGAAACCCAAGGGAGCACGACCUGUCGCUGCGGAUCAACAGUGCCACCCUGCAGGACAGCGGACGAUACUACUGCAGAGUGGAGGUUCAGGGACGAGAACGCAUCAGCUUCGAGGACAAGAUGGGAACCAGACUGAGAGUGGAGGCUCCUCCAAAGAUCCUGGCUUUGUCAGUGGAGGGCACUGAGCAGUCUGGGUUCAGAGCCAUGUGUAGGGUCCAGGGCUCCCCACUGCCAGACGUCCAAUGGCUCGGUCCAGAUGACCUGCUGGAGGGUUCACCGGUAGGUCCUCUAGUUCAGGGCUCCACCACUCACUACCACACUGUGAGCCAGCUGACAGAUGUGGAACCAGGCCAACAGUACACCUGCAGCGCCUCCAACCCACUGGGCAAAGAGCAGGCCACCCUGUAUGUCGUGGCCCCCCGAGCCCGGCUGUCUGUGACCGGAGCCUCGCCUCCUCUCCUGCUUCUCCUGUCAGUGUCUCUGGGAGUAAAGGUCCUCCUGCUGGUGGGGACAGGAGUGUGGAUGGUGCAGGGAGGAGCUCUGCAGGGAGUAGGCUGCUGCUGGAAAUAACCUGCUCUAAAAUCACUUAAUGGAUGUGCCGAAACACUGAAUUUCAGGUGUCACUUUGAUGACAUUUAAUAUACAGUUAAUAGAACAAAGUAAUGUACUUGUACUCAUAUUUAGGCUUUUAUUAAUUUAUUAACAAUUAGAAACGUGGACACCAUCUGAAGGCUGCUGUGUGAAUGGAUACUGAACAUGCUGAUGAAAACCACAUUAUUAUAAACCAUUACUUAAAUGUUUCAUAUGAUUAGCAAAUGCUAAAUGAAAUGUAAUUUCAUUUUAAUUAUUAAUAAUAAUUAAUUAAUUAUCUGUUUUAUGUCAAUGUAAGAUUGGAAUUAUAAUGGUUGUGAAGAUGGUUGUUACCAUCUUCACUUGACCUGAAGCCUGUUUCUUUACUCUUGUGAUGACAGCCAAUAAAAUCCUGACAAAUAUUUUUUAAGUCUUAACUGUUUGAGAACAAAUCCUGUCUUUGUUUGAUGUAAUGUGUCAUAAACACUUAUAUAAUUUAAUAGUUUUAUGUAGUUUGUUCUUGAGCCCAUUCAAUUAUUUUGCAUUUAAUGUUUCCUCGGAAGAAAUUUAUAUAAUGAGUCAUUA